UGCAUUGCCGGGUCCUUCUGGUUGGACCAGAUCCAAAGCACUUAUCCAGGUGCAAGCUCAGCCCCAAUGGGAUCAGGUGCCAGCUCAACUCCAUUGGGAUCCAGAUGCCAGCUCAGCCCCAUUGGGAAACAGAUGCCAGCUCAGCCCCAUUGGGAUCCAGAUGCCAGCUCAGCCCCAUUGGGUAAAGUUGGGAGCACAAAGCUGGACCGGUCGGUGAUCGAAUGGAAGAAGAACGGAAGUGGAACCGGCGGGACUGCAACUGCAAGUAAGAAUGGGUCGGGGGGCGGCAAGAAAGGGCGAGAGAGAGGAGGAGAGAAGCAUCGUAAAGAGCGGCAUUCCUCCGGUUUCUUCUCCUUCUUCAGCAAGAAAAAACGGAAAAAGGCAGCUACACAUGCUCUGGAGCAGGCUAUCAAACAGAAGGACCCGGAGAAACUAGAGGGUGCCCUGGAGGAUGCGCACUUGCUUGGUGUGGACAGUGCACGGAUCAAAGAAGGACAAGAUCUGCUGCUGUUCUUGCGGAGCUCCGUCGACUCCGCCACGCCGGUAGUGAAGGAGGUGGUGCAGGUGGAAGGAGUGUCGGCAGAGGAGUGUUCUACGACCAAGAUGGACAUGGAGGAUGAGGACGACAUGAGCACGAAGGAGGAGGGAGAAGGUGGACAUGGAGGAGGUAAAGCAGGGAAGGCGGACCUUGGACAGGGGAGGCAGAGGGACGAGGAGGAUGGUAGCGAGGUAGUCGACAUCGGAGGGUGGCAAGAGAAGGUGCAGAACGGAGCCAGAGUGAUGGAUGAGAGCAAGAAUUCCGAAGGACUUGUGUCUGACAACGGCACAGGGAGGAGGUCAGGCCAAUCUGCAUGGCAACAUGCAAGCACUCGUGCGGGCAAAUCGGGAGCUUCAGCUGGAGCAACAGCUGCACAGGCACCUGCUGCAGACGAAGGGGGAGGAGGAGGAGGAGGAGGAGGAGGAGGAGGACGGACGCUUGUAAGAUUGAGCAGCGGACAUCUAGUUAGCAGCUCGGGGGAGUUGAAGAAGGUGGGGGAGGGAGAGACGCCAAGGAGGAGGAAAUGUGGCACGCCGCUCGGGCUCAAAGUCGACACGUCAUCCUUGGGUGAGGCUGUGACGUACUCCACGCCGCCUCUGCUUACCCCUGCAUCGGAUGUUGAUGUGCAAUGGGAGGAUUGUGUGGCAGCCUUCACCCCAAGCCCGUGUCCCACACCAAAAGAGCGGGAAGGUGCCAAGGAACGAGACCCCAUCGGGGGGUCUAGCAGGAAAAAACAACCCCCUUCCCGACUUCCACGGCCCGGCAGACCCUCGCCUGUACGUGUCGGUAGGGAGGGGAUGGCAGUCGACGACUCGCCGACGUCUGACACGGCUGGUCGAAGCAGGACUCCCAGGGGCUCCGAGGAGCAGAGGAAGGAAUUGGAGAAGAAGAGGUUGAUGACACCAAGAAAGAGCGAAUCUUCGGAGAACGAUCUGAAAGAACUUCAACGAAGGAUCGAGGCAGCGGAGAGGGCAAGGAUGUCGGACGCGGGCACACAGCUCCUUGCUAGGGUGAGAGAGGAGAGGAGGGUGUCCAUCGAACUGAGCGAUGCGAUGAAGGCACGUGACGUGGCGCGACUGGAAAAGGCUCUGGCGGAUGCAGAGAGCAUCUCUUCGUCGGGACCUAAGGUGCAGGAAGCGGAGCUCCUGCUUGCGAGACUGAAAAAAGACGAGCAGGAAGGCAAAAAGAUAGGAGGGACAGAGAAGAUGGGCCAAUGGAGGAGCCAUAAGGAGGGGUUGGAAACGGCGCUGAGAGAGGCACAGAAGUUGGGUUCACGAAAGGAGAGGUGGGUGCAGCAAGUAAAAGAGGUGCUUGGAGUUGAAGGCGAGCAGAGAGCUAUGAGUGAAAGUCAUGGAGAAUGGCUGGGGGGUGGAGGCAAAGGAGGAGGAGAAGGGGAGAGAGAGAGAGGCUCUCGAAACUCGCGACGAGAUGCUGAUGAGGACGACGAAGAUGAAGUGACAUCCAAGCCAACAACGGCGUGGUCGUUCACCGGGAGCGGACAAGGCAAACCACCUCUGCAGGGCGGAGGAGAAGAGCCCAUCACCCAGAAGCGAGAAAGUCCUCGAGCAAGGGGGCCGAAAUACAAGCAAGCAUCACAGUCUGGGGGGGGUUUGUCCGACGUGGCUGGCACGUCAGGCCCAUCGUUUGCCGAGUCUGGGACAGGAGUAUCCCCUCGCCGACAGGGCAGAGGAGGUAGCGGCGUCGGGGACCCUGCAGCUGGGUCCGCGGGGGGUAGGUCUGCCUCCUGGACGGCAGGCCCGGUUACAGAGGGCGGAGCAGCAGGAGGGGCAUUGAGAGGGAGAGGACGAGGAGGGCGGAAGGGGAGGGGGUCACAGCGAAGGCCGUCGAGCUCGCCAGAUCGUGGCAGGGCGAAAAUGGAGGAGGCACCGUCCUCCCCUGCCGGCGGAAGGAGGGUGGUAUGGCUGGGAGUGGGUGGGCCGAGAGAUAGAGGAAAGCGGAAGGUGCAGGUGAUGGAGGAAGCUGCUGCAGCAACUCAGGGUGCUGAGGAGGUGGAGGAGUGGGGGGAGGUUGGCGAGGAGGGGAAGAUCGUUCAGGGCACAUUCUCACCGGUUGUUGAGAGAGAUGAUGAUGAUGAUGAUGAGGAGGAGGAGGAGGAGGGGGAGGGUUCAGAAGCGGGAGAACGAGCAGGACAGGCAGGAGAACGACAUGGAAAGCGGAGGAAAGACGUGGGGGACAGGGCAGAGAGGUUGUCGCAGUCUGGAGAUUCCCCCCCUUCUGUCGAGGCCAUGGACGUCGACUCCGCUCAACCUGACCAUUCAAAUCUGGGAUGGCCGCUGCGGUUCUUGCAGCAGGCGAUGGCAGAGCGCAACCUGCAGUCGCUGGAGCUAGGCCUGGCCGAGGCGGAGCGACGCGGGCAAGAUGAGAACGACGUGUGCCACGCUGCCAGAGCCAUGAUCGUCAGACUCCGAAAGGAGAGAGAGCUGCGGCUGAUGCUGGAGGCAGCCCUGGUGAGCGGAGAGGUGGAGCGACUUGAGCAAGCUGUGAAAGCCGCAGAGGAAGCCGGACUCGAAAGCCAUGCCGUCAACGACUCCAGGCAGCGUCUCCACGUGUGGAGAGAGGACAAGAAGCUCAACAUGCGGUUGGAAGAGGCGGUCAAGGAGGGUCGCCUGUCCGCCCUCGAGGAGGCGGUCUCUGCAGCCAAGAGCCGCAGGAUGGACGGCCAUAUGCUGCAGGAGGCUGAGGCUGCGCUGAGCAAGAUGCGCAAGGAGCGGGCCGACAUGCUGGCCUUGAUUGACAAAGGACUUGCGGAGAGCGAUCGAGCUGCCUUGGCCCGCGCCAUGUCCAUCGCCAGGCAACUGGGUCUGGAGAGCCUGCCGCGGGUACAAGAGGCAAUGAAGAAGAAAGAGAGGGUGGAGAAGCAGGAGGAGACGUCAGUCCAGGUCAGACGAGCUAUGCAGAAUCGGGAUCUGACGGCGCUGAGGCUGGCGCUGCGGAGCUGCACCGAGCUGGGGCUCGAAGGGUCGGAGAUCGCAGAGUGGAGGAGGGUGCUCAGCGGGUUGGAGAGGGAGAAGGAGGCGGCGGACAACCUCGCGGACGCCGCCAAGGGAGGGGAUGUCGAGAGGUUAGUCUCCGCGAUCCAGCAGGCGGAGCGCGCGGGUGUGGCGCGAGAAAGGUUGGAUGUGGCCUUUGCCAUACUAGCGGAGCUGAAGAAAGGAAGGACGAAAGCGGAGGCUGCUAGGAACGACCUGCAGCUGGCCACAGCCGCACGGGACAUCGCUAAGCUGGAAGCAGCUCUGGUGCUGGCGAGGGAAGUGCACCUGGAGGCCGCGCGGAUCUCCGAGGGAGAGAGUUUGUUACAGAUACUGCGAAGGGAGGAGGAGGUACGGAUCGUCAUCAGAGGGGCAAUCCAACGGAGGAGCUUGGCCGAGCUCGAGAAGGCGGUCUCGGCGGCCGAGGCUUUCGCUCUCAAAGACGGCCUCGUCGACGCUGCAAGGAGGGAGCUGAAACGAGCCCGCGACGAGGCGGAGGUGAAGAUGAUGCUCGCAAAUGCCAUGGCGAUGGAAGAUAUUCGUGAGCUGAAACUGGCCGUCGCACAGGCGGAGAAGUCCAGCCUGACGGGACCGACGAUCGACGACGGAAGGAGGAUGCUGAAGGACCUUGUGGAAGAGGUUGAGAGCACGGUGAGGAAGGCUAUGGAGGAGGACGGCAGGCUGGAGGCGAUAGAGGCGGCCCUGAAUGCGGCGGAGGGUAAGGGAGUUGACUCAGGCGCGGUUGUGGUGGAGGCCACGAAACGGCUGAGCAAGGCCAGGGACGAGCGGUGGGUUCUCGAGACGGUGAAGGAACUGCUCACCCAGGAGGAGGAGGUGGUGAAGGUUCACGUGAUCGAGGAGGCACUGGCGGCAGCGGAGCGGCUGGGCAUCCGAGGUCAGGGGAUCGACUCCCUGUCCAAGACGUUGGCCAGGGUCAAAGGCAAGAAGGAAGUGCUGGCGGACCUCAGAAAAGGUCUUGUAGACAGGGAUCUCCACCUGCUGGACUCGGCAAUGUUUCGAGCGGACGGUUUGGGAAUGCAAGGUGGAGAGGUGGCCGUGGCGCGAACGCUCGUCGAGAAGAGCAGGGAGAAGAGGGGACUCAUACGGAGACUGAGGAUGAGCAUCGACUCGCAGGAUCUCGAGAGACUAGACGAAGUCCUUGCCGGGGCGCGAAAGAAGCUAUGGGAGUGGAUACAUCAGGAGGACCAGGCUAGCGAGCUGGAAGCCGGGAUGCUCGGCGACCUGCUGCAGGAGGCGGGCGAUGUCGCCCACAGAUUGAGAGAGAGGAAGAAGAUCUGUGCAAGGAUCAGGGAGAUGACCGCAAGCGGUGCGUCGAAGAGAGAUGUUGCUGCGCUGCAGGAGGCCAUCGCGGAGCUGGACAAGGUGGGAGGGGAGGAGGAGGCCGCCUACGCGGAGGGGAAGAUACUGAUCGAGAGAUGGAGGAGGGAACGGGAGGUGUUGGACAAGGUCAGGAGGGCGAUGGAUAGCUCCGACACAUGGGAGCUGGCUUCUGCCGUGCGCGAGGCCGACCUGAUCGGCCUUGAGGGAGAGGAGGUGGUCAAGAGAGGCAGGUCGUGCCUCGAUGGCCUGAAGAAGAAGGGGGACGUCAAGGUGAAGCUCCGCCUGGCCACCGCGCUGAGGGAGUCCAAAGCUCUUCAGGCAGCCGUGGCUAUGGCGGAGGGCAUGGAUCUCGCCGACUGCAAGGAGGUGAUCAAAGCGAAGGAGGUCCUGGCGAGGCUGGAGGAAGAGAGAGGGGUGGUCGAGUCGAUGAAAUCGGCCAUGGAGUGCGGGGAUCUCGAGUCGCUGGAAGCCAACUGGGAGAGGGCUCGACAGCUCAACAUCGAAGAUCCGACGGUGCAGGAAGCGAGAAACACGUUGGAAAAGAAAUGGGCUCUGCGAGCCGCCGAAUGGCAGCUCAUGGAUGCGAUGGAGAAGCGGGACCUGAGGGCGCUGGGAGCGGCGCUGGCCGUGGCGACGAGCCAGGGCAUGGACUCCAAGCUACUGGCGGAGGCUCAGAGCAUGGCGCAGCGACUCGGCGCUGAGAAGGAAAUCAAGACGGAGAUCAUGAGAGGCGUGGAGGAGGAGAGGUGGGAGGAUGUGGCCAAGGCCGUGCAGAAGGCCGACGGCCUCGAUUGGGAGGACGAGGACGUGAAGGCGGCUCGAAAGCUGGUGGAAGAGGUGCGAUUGAGAAACGAGGUGCUGGUGAAGAUGAAAGACGCAGCGGAGAGGCGCAACCUUAACGACCUAACCGUGGCCCUGGAAAUGGCCAGACGACUCGGGGUGGAGGAGGAGGAGAUGGAGGGGGUGAGGAGUGUCCUCGGCGAGCUGUACGAGCAGGACAGCGUGGUUAAAGAGAUCGCGACGGCGGUCGAGAGGAGGGACUUGCCGCGCCUCGAGACCGCUAUGAAGACUAUGGAGUCGGUCAAGGGUAUGGAGACGAAUGCUGUAGUGAGACAGGGGCUUGCCGUUCUCAAGCAGCUGAAGGAGGAGCAGUCGCUGUUGGAGGAGAUAAGGGAGGCGAUCGAGAUCCGGAGCCUGCGGCGACUGGACGCCGCCGUGAAGAGGGUGGAGGAGCUGAAGGGCUUCGCGAACAAUCUGACGGUGGUAGAAGCGAAGAAGGUGAUCGGACAGCUGAGAGUGGAGAAGUCGGCGAUGGACAAAGUGAGGGAGGCGCUGGACAGGAAGGACGUGAGGAGGCUGGGAGAGGCCGUGAGGGAGGUGGAGUGGCUGGUGGACAGGCGGGAGUGGGAUCCCGUCGUGGAGAGAGGGAGGCUAGCGUAUCAGGACGUCGUGAAGAUCUGGUCGGAGGUGGAGUCGGCAAUGAGGAACAGAGAUGUGGAUCGGCUCAGAAAGUCGUUGGAAAGAUGGGACCGCGGUCCUUACGGGGACUGGCAGGACAGGCGGGUGGAGGAGGGGAGGGAGGUGUUGGGGAAACUGGAGAUCACGGAGAUGAUGCUGGAAAGGGGCCUGUGGAGCAGAGACAUAGAGGCUCUGCGGAAGGGACUGGAGAUGGCGGCGGAGAUGCGACUGCGGAACCACAAGGUGCGGCGGGCGGAGUCGGUCCUGUCCAAGCUCAGGGCGUGGAGGGCCGCGGCAGUGAUUGCACGACACGGCUCCGCCACCCGAGCCAUCGAAGUGCUGGAGACGGGGCUGAGGUUGGGAGAUGCGACGGGACUGGACGUCAGGGAGGUUGCCAGAGAGCGGCAGGAACUCGAGAGGUUGAAGCUGGAAAGAGACAUGGUCACGGCCAUCCUGAACGCCAUGGAAGCGGGGGACAUGGACUGUCUGGAGAGGGUGGUGAAGAUGGCGGAAGAGAUGGAGCUGGAGGCGAGGGAGGCGAGGGAAGCGAAGCAGCUGCUCGAGGUCGCGAGAGCCAAGGGCUCCGCCUUGCUCGCGCUGAGAGACGCGCUCGCGGAGGGAGACGUCGAGCGCAUCCAGGCAGCUAUCGAAGAGGCCGAGCUGAUGAACAUCGAGGACGAGAUGGUUCUCUACGCCAAGGUGAUGGUGGUGCAGCUGACGGCAGAAGCCCACGCCAUCGCUCUAAUGGAAGAGGGCAUCGGAGCCGAGGACGUACUAGCUUUGGAGGAAGGGUUGGGACUGGCAGAGAGGCUCGAGAUGUCCGACCCUCGCGUCGAGGAGGCCAGACAGGUGCUGCGCAAGAUCAGGCCCAAGUGGGAAGCGAUGUUAAGGCUGCGCGAGGCCGUGGAGGCGCGCAACGAAGUUGCCCUGGAGGGCGCGCUGGGAGAGGCGGAGAUACUCGGUGUGGAGAUUCAGCGGAUCCAGGACGCAACAGACUGUCUCAGACAGCUGAGGUUGGAGAAAGCCGCCCUGGCCAGGCUGAACAUCGCCGUGCGGCUCAAGGAUAUCGACGAGGUGGCGGUCGCGGUGGAGGCUGCGGAACGACUACAGCUCGGUGGACACGUUCUGGAAGAAGGUCGCGCUCUGCUCGAGGAGAUGGAUAAGGAGGGGUACGUCAUCUCUCGCCUCCGGCAAGGAAUCGAACGCAAGGAGUCGCCGCUGUUGGAGUUCGGUCUGCGCAUGGCAGAGAAGUAUGGCAUGUCCGGCGGCCUCGUGGACGAAGCCUUGAGGUCUCUCGCCGAGAUGAGGGAGUGGAAGGAGACGCUGGAGGAGCUGCGAGGCGCCAUGAGAGAUCGGGACAUCAACAGACUCGAGGCCCUCCUUGCUGCUGCCAGCGAGAAGGAAGCCGCAAGGAAUGUCAACGGCCGAGGGUCGGGAUCCGGGUUUGGCAGUUCGCUGACUUUCAACUACAGAACGGAGGUCGUCGGGGAGGCAGAGAGGAUUUUGGAGCAGUUGGUGGCGGAGGAGAGGGUACGGGAUGCGAUAUUUAACGAGCGCAUUGGCGAGCUGGAGUUCGCUCUCGCUGCGGCAGAGAAAGUGGGCCUCGUAGGCGAUCUGGUGGAGAGAGGUAGGUGCGUGUUGCAGCUUCGGAGGGCGAUGGAGGCGAGAGACGUGCACACUCUCGGAGCAGCGAUCGAGGCGGCGAGCCGCCUGGAUCUCGGCAGAGAAUACAUGUCCGAGGGGAGGACGAUACUCGAUGAGCUGCGGGAGGAGCUCAGAGAGAUGAUGUCCAUGACACCCGUCAGCUCCGUCGGCAGCCAAAUGGAAGGCGUCAGUCCCAGCUUGAGGGCGGCUGCUGCCGCCGAGAGGGAAGCGGCUCGACAGAAGCUGCAGGCAGAAAUGGGAGAGCUGCUCAUGGAUGAAGUCUCCCGCAACGUGGACUUGAAAUCGAUUGCCGCUGACCUUCGACUCGGUGCUGUGAAUGACGCCGUUGCCACUGCGAACAACCCCAAGUGGAGAAUCGUGAAGUACUGGAAGCUGCGAUCGCCGGAGAACUUCGGCAGGAGCGUCAGAAGCAGUCGCCACGAUGCAUUUCGAGGUAUGAUGGUGUACUCCGACGAGUUCCUACCGACCUCGCUCCUGAAGCUGCCAAGGAAAUUGGCAGAGACUGCCGUCAUCUGCAACAAGAGAUUGCUGCAGGUCUGCGGUGACAAACCUAGCAAAGCGCCCCCAGGCGUCACUGCAAGAGGACUGCUAGCAGCGGGCAAUCAAACGCCGGAGCUAAGGGACGAAAUCUACGUCCAGGUGUGCAGACAUCUCACCGGAAACACCAACCGCAAGAGCGAGAGGCGAGGAUGGGUCGUUUUCUGCCUUUGCGCGGACACGUUCGAACCGUCAGAGGAGAUCCUCGUGUAUCUCCUCAACUUCUGCGGACAACACUGGGACGACAAGAAGAACAUGAAGAUGUCAAGAUAUUGCUUCUUCAAGCUGGGGGAGAUUUUGCACCCGAAGGAGGAUUUGCAAGCGGACAGCACCUUAAGAAUCUCAAAGCGGAGACCGAUCAUGCCGGCCGACGACAUCACGGACUUCCUCACCGGCUCGGUGACUCCGUGGAGCGACAGUGGCAGCUCUACGAGACCACAAGGUGCAAUUGGGAGGAGGCGAUACGCACCGGCGAGCAAUGGCUCCCUCGGUAUCGCUUGCUUGCUUGGCUUGAUGAGAGAAGAACAUGACAGAACGAGAGAGAAGCAGACCAAGGCUCACCAAGCUUGCAGAGCGAACUCCAUCGCAGGGGACGAGAAGGGAAGGGAGCAGAUUAAACUCCAUCGCUGUUGAGAGCCAUAACCACUGUGAUGUUCAGUCAGACUAGAGGAGGUGGGGUGUAAUCACCAGCAAGAGAUUGUUUUUUGGGCCUUUGCCCCCCCAUCAAGAAGGCACUGUCGUCACUGUGAUAUCCAGCCAGACUAGAGAGGGUAUGAUCAAUCUUCAAGGUUGAUUGAUUGAGUGAUUGAUAGAUUGAUGGGAGGGACGGAACGGUGAGCGUCAGUCUUGGCAUGAGGAUAUGAGAAACAUACAACCAAUCAAGAUACUAAGAUACU